CGUCGUGUGCUUUUGCUUCGGUAACGCGACUCCGAAAAGUCAAAGUCUCUUCUCCAGCGAGAGGACCAUUCUCACGUCCUUUUUAUAGCUUAUAAGGAGACGUUCAAAUACAAACGAUUGAGCAGGUGUGAUUUUUUGUACAGCUCUCUCAGUAGGCCUUACAAGGAAGAAAAAAGAGCAUCCGUAUACGCGUGCAGGAACUACUUUGAAGUGGCCUUUCAAUUAAACUGUUUCUUCUCUACAUUUUUGUGUCACAGGACUUGUUACACAGAUGGGUUUGAAGGACAAGACAGUCUGCCAGAGUUGUGUGCUGUUACUAACUACAAGUCAUAAUUAAUUUGUCUUUGCAACAGUGGCUGGAGAACAGCUGACCAAAAAGCUGAAGCACAAUGAACGGCUCAGAACAUGGGUUUAACCCAGCCUUUAACAUGGCCUCCAUUAAACAAGCCAUCAAUGAGGCAGUGGAAAGAGUUUCAACAGUGAGAAUGCCGGCUCCUACGCGACUCCGGGAUCUCAUCAGACAAAUCAGAGCAGCACGAACUGUUAACGAGGAGAGAACAGUGGUCAACAAAGAGUGUGCGUAUAUCAGAUCCACAUUCAGAGAAGAGGACAGUGUUUGGAGAUGUCGCAAUAUUGCCAAGCUUUUAUACAUCCAUAUGUUAGGAUAUCCAGCACAUUUUGGACAGUUGGAAUGUUUAAAAUUAAUUGCAUCUUCAAGGUUCACUGACAAGAGAAUCGGUUACUUAGGAGCAAUGCUGCUUCUUGAUGAAAGACAAGAUGUCCAUUUAUUGAUCACGAAUUGUUUGAAAAAUGACUUAAACAGUUCAACACAAUUCGUGAUUGGUUUAGCAUUAUGUACUCUUGGUGCGAUAGCUUCGCCGGAAAUGGCCCGAGAUCUCGCUGCGGAAGUUGAAAGAUUAAUGAAGUCGCCAAACGCGUACAUAAGAAAAAAAGCAGCUCUCUGUGCAUUUCGAAUAAUCAGACGAGUGCCGGAGCUGAUGGAAAUGUUCUUACCAGCCACAAGAAGUUUGCUUACUGAAAAGAAUCACGGGGUGCUUAUCACUGGUGUCACAUUAAUCACGGAAAUGUGCGAAAACAGCCCGGACACGUUGAAUCAUUUUAAAAAGGAAUGCGGCCAUCGAGAGAUUGUACCAAAUCUUGUCAGGAUCCUAAAAAACUUGAUACUGGCUGGCUACUCUCCAGAGCACGAUGUGUCAGGUGUGUCGGAUCCAUUCUUGCAGGUGAAAAUCUUACGUCUCCUCAGAAUCCUGGGACGAAACGAUGUCGACGCAUCCGAGGCGAUGAACGACAUACUCGCUCAGGUCGCUACAAAUACCGAAACCAGCAAAAAUGUAGGCAAUACUAUUUUAUACGAGACGGUUCUCUCGAUCAUGGACAUCAAAUCUGAAAGUGGUUUGCGUGUGUUAGCUGUUAACAUUCUGGGUAGAUUUUUGCUUAACAACGACAAGAAUAUUCGUUACGUCGCUUUGAACACGCUGUUAAAGACGGUCUACGUCGAUACUAGUGCAGUACAAAGGCAUAGAUCAACAAUUUUGGAAUGUUUAAAAGAUCCCGAUGUUUCCAUCAGACGUCGUGCAAUGGAACUCAGUUUUGCUCUUGUUAAUUCUAACAACAUAAGAAACAUGAUGAAGGAGUUGCUGUUAUUUUUAGAGCGUGCGGAUCCCGAAUUCAAGGCACAGUGCAGCAGUAACAUCGUCAUGUCUGCCGAGAGAUUUUCGCCCAAUAAACGCUGGCAUCUCGAAACUCUGUUUAAAGUUUUAGUAGCAUCUGGAAAUUACGUGAGAGAUGAUGUCGUUGCUUGUACAAUACAACUUAUUUCUGAGACGCAACCUCAACAAGUUUAUGCCGUCAGCGCAUUAUGGCGAGCACUUGAAAAAGAUACGUCCGAUAAGCAACCGUUAACUCAGGUUGCUACUUGGUGCAUUGGAGAAUAUGGAGACUUACUUUUGUACGGACCACAUCCAGAAGAUGCUGAUGCCCCUGUCAAUUUGAGUGAAGAUGAUGUUAUUGAUGUGUACCAAAGAUUGUUAUGGAGUCCUCAGAACACGGUAGUAACAAAGCAAUACACUUUGUUAUCUCUCACGAAAUUAAGUUCGCGAUUUCAACGAGGCAAUGAUACGCCACCUCCAUUUUACAGGAAAAUUCGUCACAUCAUCGACACUUUCGGUAGCAACCUUAAUAUCGAAUUGCAGCAAAGAGGAAUUGAGUUUUCACAAUUGUUCAAAAAGUAUGAUCACUUACGACCUGCGUUACUAGAAAGAAUGCCUCCCAUGGAAACUGCAAGGCCCCAAGCCAAUGGAAUAAUUGGUAUGGUAAAUGGUGAUCCAGAAGUGGAAGAAGAGAAACCUGUUACUAUUGAAGCUGCUAAUACUGCUCCUCCAUCUGAUUCAAGUGCUCUUUUGGAUUUGCUUGGUGGAAGUGAGUUGAGCUCACCCGUCUCGAGCGCACCACCUGGAAAUGUUCCCGUUGCCAUAACGCCUGUUACAAAUAAUAACGACUUGCUGGAUUUACUUGGAGGUUUGGAUCUUUCGUCGUCCGCACCAGCACCAACGAUAUCCCAACAACAGCCUCCACAGCAGAUUUUUAGUCCAACGAGUAUCAGCAAUUAUCUUGUUGAUGGCUUGCUGAAUUCUUCCUCACCGAUUCAAAACGAAGCCUCGAGUAUGGUUGUUUUUGAUAAGCAGGGAUUGAAAAUUACUUUUAAAUUAGAAAGGUCAAUGGAGAAUCCAGAUUUGUUGGUAAUUAACAUGCUGGCUCUUAAUUCGGGAUCAUCACAAAUUACCGAGUUCUUAUUCCAAGCUGCCGUUCCAAAGACAUUCCAAUUGCAAAUGUUGCCUCCAUCGGGCACUUUACUCUCACCUUCAGGACACGUAACACAAGUUCUGAAAGUGGCGAAUAUAAAUAAGGGAGCAUUGAGAAUGCGACUUCGUAUAUCUUAUACAGGAGUUUCAGGACCAGUUCUUGAACAAACUGAAGUGAACAAUUUUCCCACGCUAACAGUGCAGUGACAGCAAGUGAUACAAAAACCAAUUGUAAAUAUGCCUGCCUAAAAAAUUUUAAUACGUCUUUUAUGGAGACUGAAAAAAAUCAAUCUCAUUUUUAAAUAUCGCGUGUGUCGAAUUGUCAUCCUCUCUAUCACCGAGAUGUAUAAAACAAAUGCCACAGAGACGCACAUACGUGCACACGACGAUUUGAGUGUAUAUUCAAGAAUAAUGAGCGAAAGAAAAGUUUUCUGAUUCUCUGCAGUCUUUUCGCAUCAAUCAGGUUCUAUAGAAUCAGAUUUAUUUAUAAAAAUACAUUAAUGUGUACGUAAAAGGGCCAAUAACAUCACAGUCGUUUUUUUUUCUUUGUACUUAUUGAGGAAAUUGUGGAAAAUAUGAAGAAGAAAAAAACAAGACUAAAGUGUGUAAAUAUUAGCUAGAAAGGCGUUCGUGCGAAGACGAUCGCAAAAACUUUCAUAAAUAUUUUGGGGAUUGAGCAAAAAUUUGCGACCACGGGAAUUUUUUCAUUAACAAUCAAUACAAAUUUAUAUAAAAUAAUUAUUGAGAUGCUCGAUGAAAAUAAACUAAAUCAAUGAUAUUAUUUGAUCUCCCUUUUCUCCCCCAUUUAAAAAAAAAUUAUUGUUAUGUUUAUCGAAAACUAUAUACUGUUUAUUGUAUGGUAAAGAGCACGUAAAGAUGGGAUUCACAAUAACGCAGAAAAGUUUGUAAAUGUUCAGAGUAACGAAUACAGCGUUUAUAUAUUUUUAAGCUAUUAAUUUAACAAUGCUGAAAAGCUGUUUUUCGCUUGGAAUCAUUUGCUUAUGUACGUAAAACGUGUACGCCGGUCCGAUAGCGGCUGUUGUAUUUCAGUGUAUACGUUUGUGACAUACUGAGAUUGCGAGAAAGUAGUAUGAAACUGUAUUGUUAUCGUGUGAGUGAACUGAUUUGGUCUGCGAUGAAAAUUAUUUUUAAUUUAACAAAUCACACAUGGUGCUGAUACUUUUUCGUUGAAAUUCAUUUGAACUUUAUGUUGGUACACCAAACGUUAUCAUUUUAAUCAAUGUUAAUUCGUGACCUAAAAUUAUACAACGUGUAUUAUUAAAUUCUAACCCAUUUCCGGAAAAUUUAUGGAUAAAAAUAAAUUUUGUUUGUCAAAACGUUUGUAAACUGCACACACUGUGAUAAAAUAUCAGUGUUACAGUGACUAUAUUUUUUAAGACACCGCUAAACGUAUUUUAAUUCUACCCUCCACUUUUUAAAUCAGUUUAGUGUAUUGCAUCAAUCGUAACUUUUAUAAUUUAAUGGGAUUUUUCUGUACUUAAAUAGUUCACGAGAUUCGUCUACUCAUCUGUUUAUUUAACGUAGAUGUUAAAAUAAUUAAAAAGUAUUACACGAGAGUUUGUUGGAUAUUUUGGUUGUAAUGCUCUUAAAGCCAAAAGUAUCGUGCAUAUUAGCUCCGUCCCUUGUGAAUUGGAUGUGCGAUAAAACACGAAUGUGCGUAAAGUUGUGCAAAAAGGUGAAAACUUUCUGAGUGGCCUUGACCUUGAUUCUGUAACUUUUAAAGCAGCUUCUCAGUGUACCAAAAAAAACUCCGCCUAUUGUUCUUUACACUAAUUAAUUUUAUAAAUAUAUAAAUCGAUGAUGAAAAUGAUUAAUUACACAGAUGCUGUACAUAAUUUUUAGCGAAUCAACGUG